GGCUCCCGGCGCCUCCUCCGCCGGCCGCGCUCGUCACGCGCCGCCCGCCGCGCCGCCAUUGGCUGCCGGGCCCGGGCCGCGUUGUGCCGCCCCUCGCCAUUGGCCGCGCCCGCGGUGCCGCUGUAAGCGCGGCGGCCAUUGGCGGGGCGCAGCAUGGCGGGCGCGGACGGCUCCUGGCGGCCGCCGCGGUCGUGCGAGGAUUACUGGGGGGAGUGGAAGCACUGCCGCGGGCUGCGCCACGCCUUCCACCACUACUACGCGCACGGGGAGCUGCCGGACUGCAGCCGCUGGCGGGAGGACUACGAGGCCUGCCGCGCCUGGGAGAGGGACCGCGCCGCCGCCGCGCAGGAAGCUUUGUGCAAGAGUGAAAGAGCUCGAGUUAUGGAAAAACAGAAAUAUGCUCCAGUGUGGGAGCUCAGGAAGAGCCCACCAUCUGACUGGUAUCUACCACUUGACCAUGACAAAUCAAAUUAACAAGACUGUUUUCUGUGUUUCGUCAGUAAAAUAAUAGACAAUUCAGAAUUA